AUUUAUGGCACAGCUCAUUACCCAAUCACGUGUCAUAAGAGGCGGGCGCGUUGUGGGCCUGGUUUUCAGGUUUGGUUGCUGAGAGUGCCAAUACACCCUGCUGUUUGAGGUGACUUAACUGCCGAUCAGAGGAGACCACACACAACCACACCUCUUGUACAAGCAGACUUCUCUACCGGAUGGUUUUGGACACGAUGUGGAAGCGGAGAACUUUUUACUUUUGGCAUUUUUAAACGGGAUGGAUUUUGAGAACACAUAACUCGGAUAUACGUUUUGUAUUUUUGCUGUUGGGAUUUUUUUUUACCCCCUUAUUUGGAGUUAAUCAAGUUUGAAGUUUGCUUCUGGAAGGGAACUGACUUCAAGAACUAAAAUGGACCAAGCCAGCGGUGGGGAGGAUCCCAACAAGCCCUCCAAAAAGAAGUCCAGUGAGGAUGAGGGUAAAAAUAAAAAGCUGAACAUACACAUAAAAACACUGGCUGAUGAUAUGCGUGAUCGUAUAACAAGUUUUAGGAAAACUGGUGCAAAGAAGGAGAAGCCUUUUAUUCAACACCCGACUGAUCCCUUCUCUACCCAAGCCGAACUCCCUCUGCCGCAGCCUUUCUUUGACGAGAGAUCCAUGAACCUCUCAGAAAAAGAAAUAGUUGACCUCUUUGAGAAGAUGAUGGAGGACAUGAACCUCAAUGAGGAUCGUAAAGCCCCUCUGCGUGGGAAGGAACUGGGCAUCAAACGUGAGAUGGUGGUCCAGUACAUCUCGGCCACUGCCAAAUCUAUAACUGGGAGCAAAGUUGCGGGUGGGCUACGUAACAGCAAGCAUGAGUGCACCCUUUCGUCCCAGGAAUACGUCCAUGAGCUGCGAUCUAACAUCAUGGACGAGAAGCUGUUCAACUGCCUGGAGUCUCUCAGAGUGUCUCUCACCAGUAACCCUGUCAGUUGGGUCAACAACUUUGGCCAUGAAGGUCUCGGCCUUCUUCUGGAAAAUCUGGAGAAGCUUCUGGACAAGAAGCCGCAAGAGAAUAUUGAUAAACGCAUUCAGCUUAAGCUAAUCCAGUGCUUAAAGGCUUUCAUGAACAACAAGUAUGGACUGCAAAGGAUCCUGGGAGACGAGCGGAGCUUGUUGCUGUUGGCAAGAGCAAUCGACCCCAAACAGAUCGUCUUGAUGACGGAGAUUGUCAAAAUUCUCUCAGCUAUCUGUAUUAUUGGCGAAGAAAACAUCCUGGAUAAGAUUCUGGCUGCCAUGACAAUUGCUGCAGAGAGGAACAAUAAAGAGAGAUUUGCUCCAAUUGUGGAAGGACUGGAGAACCACGAUGCCCAGCAGCUCCAGGUCGCCUGCAUGCAGCUGAUCAAUGCCCUGGUCACUUCGCCUGAUGACCUGGACUUCCGGAUACAUCUACGCAACGAGUUCCUCAGAUGCGGCUUAAAGAAGAUCCUUCCUGAGUUAAAAAAAACAGAGGAGCUGGACAUUCAGCUGAAGGUGUUCAAUGAGAACAAAGAUGAAGACGCCAUCGAACUCUCCCAUCGCCUGGACGACAUCCGUGCUGAGAUGGAUGAUAUGAAUGAAGUGUACCAUCUCCUGUCAAAUAUGGUGAAAGACACCGCCUCGGAGACCUACUUUCUGUCAAUCCUUCAGCACCUAUUGCUUAUCAGGAAUGACUAUUACAUCAGACCUCAGUACUACAAGGUGAUCGAGGAAUGUGUGUCUCAGGUGGUUCUGCAUCGCAGUGGGACGGACCCUGACUUUGGUUACAGUAAACGAUUGGAUGUGGACUUCACUCAGCUUAUUGAUCAGUGUGUGGAUAAAGCCAAAGUUGAAGAGAGUGAACAGAAGGCUGUAGAGUACUCCAAAAAGUUUGACGAGGAGUUCAGUGCGCGGCAGGAGGCCCAGGCUGAGUCCCAAAAAAAGGAGGAAAAGAUCAAGGAGCUGGAGUCAAAAAUCCAAACUCUCGAGACCCAGUUAACUGUAGAAAAUGACAGGCUCAAAGAGGCUCAGAGACUCAUCAGGGAAUCUGAAGCCAAGAUUGCUGCAGGCCCAGCUGCGCCUGGAGCACCACCUCCUCCACCGCUACCUGGAGGUGCAGCACCUCCACCUCCUCCUCCUCCUCCACCUCCACCUGGUGGAUGUCCACCCCCUCCGCCUCCUCCUCUGCCUGGCCACGCAUCUAUCCCCCCUCCACCACCACCUCCACCCCCAGGGGGAGGUCCUCCACCACCCCCACCGCCCCCAGGUUGUGGGGUCCCACCUCCUCCUCCGUUUGGGGGCUUGGGUGGUCCUCCUCCUCCUCCUGGGUUACCCGUUGUCAAGCUGCCUUAUGGACUGGAGCCAAAGAAGAUUUACAAGCCUGAAACUGUGAUGAAGAGGGUCAACUGGUCCAAGAUAGUGCCUCAGGAAAUGGCAGAGAAUUGCUUCUGGAUCAAAGUCAAAGAAGAGAAGUUUGAAAACCCUGACCUAUUUGCUCAGCUCUCCCUGUGCUUCUCCUCACAGAGUAAAGUGAAAAAAGAUGUGAGUGAUGAGACUGAUGACCGAGUACCACAGUUCAAGAAGAAGGCAAAGGAACUUCGUAUCUUGGAUGCCAAGACUGCGCAGAACCUCUCAAUUUUCUUGGGCUCGUUCCGCCUGCCUUAUGAAGAGAUCCGGGACAUUGUGCUGGAGGUAGACGAGGAAAGACUGAGUGAAUCACUCAUCCAGAACCUAAUAAAGAACUUGCCUGAGCAGAAAGAACUGAGUGCUCUAGCGGAACUAAAAGGUGAAUACGAGGAGCUUGUGGAGUCAGAGCAGUUCGGCAUUGUGAUGAGUUCAGUGAAGCUGCUGCGACCACGUCUCAAUGGCAUUUUGUUCAAGCUGACUUUCGAGGAGCAGGUGAACAACAUCCGGCCAGACAUCAUGAAUGUGACGUUCGCCUGCGAGGAGGUAAAGAAGAGCGAAGGCUUCCGCAAACUCCUGGAGUUUGUGUUGCUGGUCGGCAAUUACAUGAAUGCUGGCUCAAGGAACGCACAGACGUUUGGUUUCAACAUCAGCUUCCUGUGCAAGCUACGAGACACUAAAUCCAUCAGUCACAACACAACACUUCUCCAUUUCCUGGCUGAGAAGUGCGAAGAGAAUCACCCAGAGAUUUUGAAGUUUCCAGAUGAGCUGGAACAUGUGGAGAGUGCCAGCAAAGUGUCUGCUGAAAUUUUAAAGGGCAGUCUGACCACAAUGGAGAAGCAGAUUGAGCGUCUGGAGAACGAUAUCGAAAACUUCCCCAAAACGGACGACCCCCAAGAUAAGUUUGUGGAAAAGAUGUCCGGCUUCUCCAAACAUUCUCGGGAGCAGUACGAGAAGCUGUCCACCAUGCACAAGAACAUGCAGAAGCUGUACGAGAGCAUCGGCAGCUACUUCGCAUUCGACCCCCACUCAGUCAGCGUGGAGGAUUUCUUCGGAGAGCUGGCCAACUUCCGCUUCCUCUUCAUGGAAGCCAUGAAGGAGAACCACAAGAAGAGGGAGAUGGAGGAGAAGAUCAAGAGAGCCAAGCUGGCGAAGGAGAAAGCUGAGCGAGAGAAGCAGGAGCGUCAGCAGAAGAAGAAGCAGCUGAUUGACAUGAACAAAGAAGGGGAUGAAACUGGCGUGAUGGACAGUCUAAUGGAAGCUCUGCAGUCUGGAGCAGCUUUCCGUGAUCGGCGAAAACGGGCACCACGAAAUGGUGAUCAAAGCCCUUCCAGUCCAGCCUCUCGGUGGCCAGGUGCUAACUAUGGUAACAGAACUCUAGACAACCGCCGUGCAGCCCUCGAAAGGUCUCGCUCACGCCACAACCCAAAUCACCAAGCUCGAUGAUUACCCGCGUCUACUACAAGACCCUAGAUAAGUGCCAAAGAGGCCUGCGAUGAGGAGGAGGAGGAGGAGACGAGGAAGACAUCAGGAGGGAUAGACCACCUCCCUCCCUGUGGCUUACCCAGCACCAAGUAUGGAAAACUGCCUAAAGAAUGGAAUAACAUUUAUAGUCUUUAUUGGACACGCUACAUAUUUAUUGUAUGCUUUUUUUAUUGCUUAAAGAUUUUGGAACUGAAACAUUUUAAAAGCUGUUAAUUUUCAGGUUUAACCUAUAUUUUAAUCCAAAUGCUUCAAUUAACUCAGUUUUGACAGGAGAAACAUAACAGUAUGCUGCACAGAGACAUAUAUCCAAGAUGGACUUCUGAAAACUGCAUGCUUGUGGAGGAACAUGGACAGCUGUCCUUUAAAUGGAAACUACAAGUCUUAAAGGAAGAGAGGACAGUGUAAUACUAUCGCAUUUAACGUCCUUUCUUCAGACAUAAUCGCGUCUUCGCACUCCAACAAAGCCACAGGAGCUGGCGGCUGUCUGCACCAACACAGAGCACGUGACUCACUGACAUUCAAACUGCAAGACAUUUUAGUUGAUUUAAUUUUGUGUUGUGUAAUCUCACUUUUACCCUUCAGGUGCCGAUUUGAGUCCCGAGGUUAGUUUUGCUGUUACCAUUAGAGGCUGACAUUUUUAAAUGCAUCCAGGUCUCUGUCAGGGACAAACAAGAACACUCAGACCUCUCGUUAGGUCACACAGGGUUUCAACAAAGCACACCUCAGUGUUUAAAAGGUAUUACAUGUUUAUGGCACUUUUUCAAUAAGGCUAAAAAAACAGCUGGAGUAAUGGGGGGGGAAGUUAAGGUUUGAAAAUUGAGCUGUGUGAAAACUGACUGCUCCCUUAGAUAAGAAACUAUAAUCCUGUAAAAUCCACUUCUAAUCUUAUGAGCGCACGAGAACAACACUCUUCACACUGGAAGUUGUUACUGAAAUCAGCCAGUUUCAGUAACUCUGAGAUGUUUUAAGAUGAAGUUACAUCGAAGAAACUUAAAAAAAAAAAAAAAACAUUUUUUUUUUUUUUUUUUGUGUUACAUUUCAAAUAAUAAAUGGAUUGCACUUGUAUAGCACUUCAUCAAGUCUAGAGGCUCAAAUCACUUCACACUACGCUCAGUCAUUCAUCCAUUCACACACAUUGAUGGCGGCACGCUACUGGAUAGUUGCCACAUCUGCCCACAAGCUGAGAGUUGCCAGAGAUCGAAUACAGAUUGUGGGGCGAACUCCUACCACCAUCAUCACCCAUCAUCCACGCCAAAUGAUCGCGACAGAACGGUUAAGGCUCCCACAGACUCGGCUGUACGGUCGACGAGCGUCAUGUGUAACAAUUUCCUUAAUUUCUCAAGUGUUUUUGUUUAGUGAAGGUCUUUAUAUUUCCUCAUUAAUGUAACAUACUAUAUUUCUUAUUUCUUAUAUCUUCAAAUUCUGACUCCAUUUUGUCCCCAAGUUGGCAACCUUAUCAGCUCACCGUCACAUUUAAAACCGUUCGAUGUGCGACAGGAAGUACACCCAAGUUUGUGGGAGCCUUCAUUGUUAAUCUCUAAUCAUAUCAUUUUACAUUUGACUUUUUGCAUUUAUUUUUUUUAAUUUUGUAUCAUGUAAGACCAACGAUGUCGUGACCAAACUCAACCCUGAGUAAAUGCUGCCUCUGUGGUCCACAUCACCUUCUUUUGUUUUCACCAAAUACAUCACAGGCCAGUUGAAAUUACAGUAAUAUUCUGGGUAAUUUGUAUUUUCAAAACACAUAAUAUAACCUGACUGUAUUUUUUUUUUUCUAAUUCCUUAAGUAUAGAAAACAUUUCUGUGUAGGGCAUCAAUCUAUGGACCAACGUCUUCAUUAAUCGUUUAUUGCAGCGAUUUAACUCUUCUAACAGUGUAUUUAUUUCUGAUAAAAUAAUGGCCACACUCUGGAGAAUUUCCCUUUCUUUAUGUUUUUAUUUUGAAGCACUAGGGAUGUUUCUCAGAAAUAGUUUAAUAUUAAGACAGUUUCUGUCUUAAUUCUUAUUUCUCUCAAACAGAAAUAAGAAUCGGCAGGUUUCCAGAAAUCAAUCAGUGCACGAAUACUGCUGCAGGAUCGGCGACACCAUUUGAGCUUUCCUCUUAUAAAAGACAGUGGGUUCCUUUCUUAGUAAGGACCCAGUUUCAUAUUUCAAUGUAAACUAUUUAUUCAUAUAUUCAUGCUAAGGGCGGCUCUGUCCCCCUCACUUCACUAGACUGUAAGCAGAUGCUACUAAAAACAACCAUUAAAUCCACACGGAGACAGGGCAUGACCAGAAUUACAGACGGAGGGCCACAGCAGGCAGGAUGAUGCUUGUCUUAGUGAGCGAGUCUCCAAAUGCCUUCCAGUUCCUGAGCACUAAUGACAUAAGUGACCCUUUUACCAUGACAGAAGUUACUUCAGCAACAGCAUAAGUUUGCUUUGGGCUUCGUGUGUCUGCGCACCUCAUGCAACCUCAGUAAUUCGAACAGGAACCCAGGGAAAAUGGGAGGCAGUGGUCUCGACUCCUGGGCUGAAUAGAUGGAGGUUUUUCAUUUAAACAAUCUGCCAGUGCUGCUUGUGAUGCGUCUGUUUCACGGAGCCUCCCCUCCCUCUGCCCGCGCGCAUCUAAAAAAUGCAAUUUUACACAUCAUCUCGGCUCGAGGUGCGCCCACAACGCUCCGCGAAGUCUGCAUAUUUAAGAAGACAAUAACUCUGAGCUGAAUAUCAGGUUGGAGCCGUCACAGAGCAAAAGCGUUGAGAAUGAGUUUUCUGGAUAAGGGACUCUGCGGUGGCGGCAGUUUUGAGGACGUGUUGUACACAGCAGUGAUAGAGAUGCGCUGUCAAAAGAAGUGAUUUCCUCUCUGUAAUCGCUUCUCACCCUUUGUUCCUCGCAACACCACACCUGGACAAUUUUAAGCUUCAAAUAAGACCUUUUUUUUUUUUUUUUUUUUAGAUCAGUCCUCCAGCAACACAGAUCUGCCAUGAUAUUGGAUGUUUAUCUGCAAAAAUGUGCAAAUUUUUGCAUUUUGAUUAUAAAGUUUGGCUCAAAAACGUAUUUAACCCUGAAAGUUCUUUUCAAUUAGCCUUUAAGCUGUACAGACAUCUUAAAAAGUCUUAUUUUGGUCAAUAUUGAUGACCAUUUUUAAAGGUAGAUUUGUUGUGAUUUUAAGUUAUGUAUUUAUCAUCUAAAAAAACAUUUUUAAAUAAGUAGAGUAAUUAAUAGUUAUUGUAAUAGUUUCCUGCAACGAAAGACAGCGUCACAAACCGAAAACUGAGAAAAAUUGGCAUCAUGCAGGACAAAAAAAACUAUGCUAAACGUAAAAUUAAGAGAGUCCUACACAAAAACAUCCCUCAUCGUAGCUGUGAUUGUUGUCUCUUCAUCCCAUAGUGUUUUAAUAGAAAGUAAUAGCUGGAGCCUUUCAGGUUGACGAGCCUGAACUGAUCCAUUAUAGUCGUGUGAAAAACAGAGAAUCAUACCUUCAUCUUUGUGCUUGUUACUAACAAACCUCAGCUGAUGAUGAUAAUCUUUGGGUGUUUAUGACACCAGAGAUGUUUCACAUUUAAAACCACAAACUUCAGAGCAUUUCUUUGGAAUUGUUACUUUAAAAACAAAUAAAGAAAUACACUGUGAUACAGUGAGGACAAAAUUUACACAUAACAUUGGCUAGUAUCAAAAAUAAUAUGAUCCAAAGACAAACAAAAGAAAUAUGUACAACUGGCUAAAUAGAGAUAAAACUGUAAAUACCAGAAGGGUUACACCAUCUAAAAUGUUGACCUUUUUAAAGACUAAUUGUGAAUUAAAUCACAACAAACAUUCAAAAGAUGUUAAAUGAGUAAAUAACUUUGAUAACCAGCUUGCUAAUUAGCAGAGCUAGUUAGCAUUGCUUCAAUUACCUUGAGUCUCAAAACGCAAUGAUGUUUAUGACUCAAACUUUAGCCUGACAGAAAAAAGUGCAGCUUGAAAAAACAUAAUAUACGAUUAAAUAGUCCUGCUACGAUAGACAUGUAAUUAACAUAUUUAAAGCAAACGUGUUUAUUAUUAUUAUUAUUUAUUUAUUUACAACAUUUUAAGACCUUGAGUUUAAGACUUUUUAAGGAUGCCCUACUUUUGGAAGCAGUGAUUGGUGUAGAAGAAAGAAUCUGUAAUAAUGUUGUAUUUAGGGAAACACUCUAAAAUACAAUUUAUUGCAAAACGUUGGCUUCAGAUAUAUAAUGCACCAAGUAGGUGGCAGCAUCAUGCUGUGGGAAUGCUUUUCUUCAAAGGAAAAUACAUGAGAAGCUACAAAAAGAGUUGAAACUUCGGUUUAAAUCCAUUUAUCAACGUUCAUAAAUACGUACUAGUAUCUUAUGUUGGCCUAUCUCAUAAAAUCGUGAUAAAAUGCAACAAAGUUUGUGGUUCUAAUGUGAUGAAUUGUGAAUAAUUUCAAGGGGAAUAAACAGUUUUACAAGCCACUGAGUGCUGAUGGUUCUCAUACAAGUGAGGAGGCAGGGGUAUGAAGUGCAAAGGUUAACUUUAAGGCUCCUAAUUCUGUGCAGACAAAGGGAAGAUUUGUUCCAAGAUUUGCAAAGGCAACAUUGCUGCUAACAGAGUGAACUAUUUGCUAAGCAUGUCUUCUGGUAAACAGUUACCAGCUGCCACAUAUCCACUUCUAUCCACUUCUUCCUACUUUGAUAGACUUUGCUGGUGAUUUGAUGAAGUUCAGCUGCGGCUGAAUCAACAAGCAAAGCUUAUUUUUGUUGACUAACCCUGUUUGACCAUGAUGCGUAAGCUGCCAUAUCCCUGCCUACCUUCCUUUUAUUUGUCACCGAGUAUGUUUUAUUGUCUUAAGAAGCAUUUAUAUUUUUAACAUUUCGAGGUUAUUUGUAUGCUUAGAACACGGGAAAAAACAAAAUGGUUAUGAAGGCUGUCCUUCCAUGGAGAAUGGUACAAAUUAAUAACCACUUUGUUAUUAAAACUGAUUUCUGAAAA